CUAUAGCCAGCCAUGGAUGUACACUAUUGCAUAGUCCCGUUGCGACCAGACCGUGUGUCAGCGUUGUUCAACGGUCGCCCCUGCUUAACGCAAAGCAUUCGUCGAGCAAAGGCAGAUUUUACAGCACCUGAAUCAUCUAUGGAUAUUCCUUUAUCCUAUGCCCUGUGGCCGGUUGUUUGCCGCCUCUACAAUACCAGGAAGGCUGUAAAGGCCCAAGAGGCUGCCAAAGUGCAGCUAGAGAAGAACUUGGCAGCACAGGAAGCUGAAGCCGAGAAGGAGGAAGACCAGCUUGAGGACCCUUCAGUAGAUGAGCUGGAGGUGGAUGAGACUGAGGAGCUGGAGAAUCUGGAGGACUUGGAUGAAGCCGAAGUGAAGUGUGCAACCGAAAGAGAGGCAGGCAGCUUCUUAAAAGAAAGCGAUCUGGACGUGACGCUCAAAGCAGCAGCCAGAAGCUUUCCGAAAAGCCCACAGCAGGGCAAGUUCGCCAGUCGGAGUGCUGUCUUGGACCAGAUGUCACGAGCUGGAGCAAAGAGGACAUGGCAAUGGACUGCUGGCCCAGAGCCACCCCUUAGAGAGGACUGUCCCAACCCAGACGGAAGCUAUGUUGCCAGGUUGGCUCAUGGCCUUGAAAGUGUGGUUGAGUUGCGUGGAAGGUUGGUCCCCUUGACCGGGCUUCCCAAGGAGAAGCGCCGAGACUUGCGUCGAGUGGCGCAGCCGGAGGAAAUCAAUUGGAAAGCAUUGCCUCCAUUUGUGCCUGCAUGCGAAGAUGGACGUCUUGAGCAGCUGGCUAGAAAGAACGGCUGCAAGUUCUAUUCGAGCACGUCCUCUUUAACAGGUGUUCUUUCCCGGUGCUACUUCGCAAUUUCGCAGCACCGGGGCUUUGAUCCCAAAGGUCUUACAAAGUCUUUUCUGAAGAGGCGCAGAACCUUCAGCCCGAGCACCAGAUGGCCAACAGUAGUCUACUUGCGCGUGAAUGAGCCUGGUGAUGCAUGGUCCCUGACAGCUGGCGGCGAUGAUGGGAACGAUGAGAAUGUUCUGCUGGACUUGGGCCUGACGAUGGAGUACCAGUUAACCACUCCCAAGUCAACAUUUGAUGCACGAUUUCUGCAGAAGGACGAGGAAGCAGAUCCACCGGACUUGGAGAAGGAAGGACUUGCAUACAGAUUUCUAAAGGUUGGACGUACCAUGAUGCGCUCUCAGCUGGAUGCCAUUCAUCGAGGUGAAGUCUUUGAUGUGAAGACACGUGCAGUCUUUGACAUCAGACAUAACAUCACGGAUUAUGAGAACCAGAGGAAGUACCGCAUCACUCGCAUCCUGGGACAAGGUCCCAGCUACGAGCUGGAAAUCUACGAGAUGAUGCGAAAUGCGUUCAUGAAGUAUGGACUGCAAGCCAAGAUUGGUCGCAUGGAUGGUGUGAUCGUGGCCUAUCACAACACCGCAGAAAUCUUCGGCUUCCAAUACAUUCCAUUGGAGGACAUGGAGCGUUGUAUCUAUGGUGGCAUGGAGGCAGCAGAUGUGGCCUUCGAUCUUAGCAUCCAAAUGUUGGAGAAGAUCAUGGAUCUCCUCACCAAGGAUCCAGAGCUGUCAAAGUCUGGGACCAUCAAAGUGCAGGUUGUAUCGGAAGAAGACUCCAAUAACGGCCGUGGGAAUGCGUUGGAUCUUACAGCAGCAGUUGUUGUGAAAGAAGGUGACAACAACGAGCCCGACCAGCUCGGAGUGGCUUGCAGUUUUCGCAUCGUUGCAGACACCUUCCAUGGUGAUGGGACAUUAAAGUCUGGACUAUUCUGGACUAGAGGAGUCCUCGCGCUGCAGAUGAGGCACUGCAAAAGGGUGACUAUGUGAACUUUAGUGUGAGCGAGUUGCCAGUGGAGCAGUAUGCUGAAAGACUCGCACCAGGCAAGAAGGAAGAUAUGUCUCCAUUGCAGAUGCUGCAGGAUUGGUUCAGUGGCUUUGUGAACGCCUUGAGUGGUGCAGAGGAGGAAAAAA